GUUUGUCACAAGUGUUCAAAAUAUUGACUCAUUUGGAGAUCACUUGCCGUUCAAUACUUUCAAUACUUGCCAUCAGUUUUGCAAAUAAUGUCCGGAAGAGGAAAAGGAGGAAAAGUCAAGUCGAAGGCAAAGUCCCGGUCAUCCCGAGCCGGACUCCAGUUCCCCGUCGGACGUAUCCAUCGUCUGCUCCGCAAAGGCAAUUUCGCAGAGCGUGUCGGUGCCGGCGCUCCGGUCUAUUUGGCCGCUGUGUUGGAGUACUUGGCGGCUGAGGUGCUCGAGUUGGCCGGCAAUGCCGCCCGAGAUAACAAGAAGACCCGUAUUAUCCCCCGUCAUCUGCAACUCGCCAUCAGAAACGACGAGGAGUUGAAUAAACUGCUGUCCGGUGUGACGAUCGCUCAGGGAGGCGUUCUGCCCAACAUUCAGGCCGUACUCCUGCCCAAGAAGACCGAGAAGAAGGCAUAAAGAAGACAUAAAGAAGACAUGAAUGAGGGGACAGGCCUUCGCACCACUCUUCACACAAACGGCCCUUUUUAGGGCCAAUCACUCAAUGCAUCUGAGGAUCAGUUCUUGUCGUGUCUUUCCAUUAGUUUUCAUUGUUUUUAAUAAAAUUUUUAUCAUUCAUUGGGUUUACUGUAUGUUGUGAUGAUUGGUAUGCUAUGAAAAGUAUAGACACUAUUCUCUCAUUUGUCUUGUGAUUUACCAUUUGGUUGUUCUUAAGGCCAAUCACUC